UGCUCCGGGCCCGAGGGCAGGCGCUGGGCCGCAGGGGGGAUGCUGCGGGUGCUGGGGGGGAUGCUGGGGCGCAGCCGCGGGCUGUGGCGGGGGGCUCGGCCCGGCCUGCACCCCAGCAGAGCCGGCGGCGGCAGAGCCAAGGGCGCUGAGGACGGGGCCCUGCAGACGGCUGAGCCAGGUUACAAGACUUUCCAACACGACAGAAGGCCUACGAACUUUGAUAAAAAGGUGUUAGUGUGGGCAGGACGCUUUAAAAGGGAGGAGGACAUCCCCAAGCACAUAUCGUCUGAGCUCCUCGAAGCAGCAAGGAGCAACGUCAGGAUAAAGGUGUGCUACAUCAUGAUUGCACUGACUGUGCUGGGCUGUUUGGCCAUGGUCAUCACAGGCAAAGAAGCUGCUAAAAAGGAUCAAACUCUGGUGCGGAUGAACAUAGAAAAGAAAGCCAAAUGGAGAGCUGAGGUGGAGAAAGAGCAGGAGGCAGCUGUUGGGAAGGCACAAUGAUUGGCAACAGAUUUAAUUUGGCAGCAGAAGAUAAGUGGUUUGCACACAUGGCAUAUGUACCUGUCUUCAUUUAACCCUUCUGAGCCUUUUCACCGAAACUCUUUCAGGGCAAAGACUUGCUCAAAACCUGCUCCAUAGCAACUGGGAAACUCCGAUGGAAACCCCAGGAGCUGCUUUCUGUGGCCUCUGGUCAUUGGCACUGAGUUCAGCCAAAGCACAGACAUCUCUUCUAAAGUAGGAAGUGUGGAAAGGACGAAUGCAGGACUCCUCAGCUUGGGGUCAGCUUUUUGUGGUACCACUGAUGCUCAGCAUGGCCUUGGUUCUGUCACCUCACAGCCAGGAAGGAUGCAGCCCUACAUUGGAGAGCAUCCCAUUCUCUGCAGUGCCUAUAGGGCAGACAGCCUUGGCCAAAAGAGACUGAGGACAUGGGGAAGAAGAGUCUGCAAUGUUUUCAAAGCACCAACAGGUCCAUCACCUCUGCCUCUGAGCCUGCUGCCAUCACUAUCCUUUCUCCCUUCCCAGCCCUUUGUGGGAUUCCGUGGCUGAGGGACCCCAUGCCUGGUACGUGAGCCUGGCCUGGAGGCACCCUUUGUCCUUUGAACGUCACUGGUUUUGCUUUAUCAUCUUCUGCUUCCAGUUGUUGCCAUGAAAGUUACCUAGCGCUUGUUUUGUUGUGACUUUAGUUAGGAGUAAUUGUUAAUACGUGGUUUACUAAAACUGGUUCUUUUUAAUCUUCAUAGUUCAUAAAUUCAUAAUAAAACAGCUGUCCAAUUA